AGCGCUUGGUAAAUCGCCUAGCGGCGGGGAUGUUCCUUCUGCGCAGGUACAAGGCGGUAAAUCGAAGGCCCGUUUUCUGAAAUUAUGGCGGGCGCCGCCGCUUGCUUGGCCGAGACGCGGGUAGGGCAGGUGGUAAUGCCGGGGGAAGCGUUAAUCUUGGCCAGCCAUGGCGAAGCGGAGGGCGAGCGGCUGCGUCUGACCACGAGCGGGUCGCAGAAGGGGCGGCUGGUUUGCGGACCGGGGUUGAGACGCGGCGCCGACGGCCUGCUAGUCACCAAAUGCGGCCUACUGCGAUACCGUGGCCAUUCCGCCCAGACCGGAAGUGGGAGCGGAAGUAGUUCCGGGGGAACCUAUUGGGUGGACUCACAACAGAAGCGGUAUGUCCCAGUGAAGGGAGAUCAUGUGAUUGGCAUAGUGACAGCCAAAGCUGGGGACAUAUUCAAACUGGAUGUUGGAGGCAGCGAUCAUGCCUCUCUCUCUUACUUGGCAUUUGAAGGAGCGACCAAGAGGAACAGGCCAAACGUGCAGGUGGGUGACCUUAUUUAUGGCCAGUUUAUCGUAGCCAAUAAAGAUAUGGAACCCGAGAUGGUCUGCAUAGACAGCAGCGGUCGGGCGAACGGCAUGGGAAUCAUAGGACAGGAUGGCUUUUUAUUCAAGGUCUCGCUAGGACUGAUAAGAAAACUCUUGGCUCCAGAUUGCGAAAUCAUAUGGGAUUUGGGACAACUUUAUCCUUUUGAGCUAGUGUUAGGAAUGAAUGGAAGAAUCUGGGUAAAAGCCAAAACAAUUCAACAGACUUUAAUAAUAGCAAAUGUUCUGGAGGCUUGUGAGCACAUGACAGCCGAACAGAGGAAAUGUGUAAUUGUAAAAUUGUUAGAAAACUAACAAUUUAAUUUAGGGGAGAGGAUGAUGAUGAUGAUGAUGCAUGAUAAAUUUCCAGAGAGAGAAAGAGAAAAUGCUGCAUAUUUAAAUAUUUUAUAGGUAUAAGAUAAAUACAAACUAGAGCUAUUAAUUCUGUGUAUUUUUUGGUUGUUGUUUCUUGUACUGUAGUUCUGUAGUUAGUAGUGGACUUUUUGUAAAGUUUCCUAAACGACAGCCUUGUAAAUAUUGGUUGAAGAUUUAAAAAAGGAAAUACUUGCUAUUUUUAAAA